AUGAAAGGUGUGUUGCGAUUUGGUAAGAAAGGGAAACUGAGCCCUAGGCACAUUGGAUCAUAUGAAAUCCUGGCAAGGAUUGGACCAGUGGCAUAUAGGCUGGCACUGCCCCCAUCAUUAGUCGGUGUUCAUGAUGUAUUUCACGUAUCUAUAUUGAGGAAGUACAUUGUAGAUUUGGCCCACGUGUUGACCCAAGAACUACCUGAGCUCUCCGAGGACCUGACUUACGUUGAGGAGCCUGUGAAGAUUCUUGAGAGGAAUGAGCAGAACCUUCGCAAUCAUGUUGUCUCAUAUAUUAAGGUGCGAUUGAGAAACCACUCCGACGAAGAGGCAUCUUGGGAGCGCGAGAGCGAGACUCGAGCAAUGCAUCCCCAUCUAUUCAACAUGAUAGGAUUUGAUCCCGCGCUCGAGGUACACUACCAGACUGCUAUCGGAACUGAACCAGCAAUUGAAUCUGUAGGACCAUACCAAGACUAG